AUGUCUGUGGUACAUCGGCUGACAGCGGGGUGGCUCGUGGAUCAUCUCUCUUUCGUCAAUCAAUGUGGCUAUGAGGUCUGCGACUCUUUUGCGUGCCCUGGUGGUGUCACUCUGAAUACUUCUAUCACAUCUACUGGAGAUUGUCAUGCUGCCUCUACCUUUGCUGCCACCUCCUCACCUAUUCCUGAUCCUGGAGAUGUGAUAGAAACAGAAGGUAAAUCAGCAAAAACAAGAUACGUGUUUCGGGAGGAGUUCUUUGAUGUUUCUAAGCCCUAUAUAGCUGCAGCUUCUGAGGAGCAACUGUGGCAGGGAUGUCCUGAGGUGAGUCUCACAGAAAUAAAGGCCAACAGCAACAGAGAGGAACACCAAGAAGGAACCAAGACUAGUGCUGAAGAUUCUGUUGCCACCACUAGGAAGAAACGUAAAAGGAAAUGUGUAUUCAAUCAAGGUGAACUGGAUGCUUUAGAAUACCAUUCAAAGGUCAGGAAGCUCGUUUGGGAAGGCACUUUGCAUUUAGUCCAAGAAGGACUCAAAAGUGGUUUUCUUCACCGCAGUACUGCAGACCUCGGUUGCAGGAAGAAGGUUGUUCCGGGACACAUUGGCUGUGAGUUGGCUGAAUUGUGUGAAAUGGCAAAGCAGUUUCCAGCUGUGAACAAAAGUGACCAUCACGCUGUCCAUGUGCUAGAUGAUGAAACAUCCAUUCCAGAGCAGGACCUGCUUUCCUGUGUUACAGAAAACGGCUCAAACUGUGCAAAGAUAGUUGUGUUAAUGGGACAGAAGUACUUGGUGCCACCAAAAAGCAGUUUCCUUUUAUCAGAUAUUUCGUAUUUGCAGCCCCUGCUGCACUACAAGAAAGAAUAUGAUGUAAUUGUGAUUGAUCCACCAUGGGAGAACAAGUCCGUUAAAAGGAGUAACAGAUACAGCCACUUGUCUUCAUGGCAAAUCAAGCAGAUGCCUGUACCAGCACUGGCUGCUCCAAAUUGUCUGGUAGUCACGUGGGUGACUAACAGACAGAAGCACUUACGUUUUGUUAAGGAUGAACUUUAUCCUCAUUGGUCUGUGAAAACACUUGCCGAGUGGCACUGGGUAAAAAUUACUACAGCUGGAGAAUUUGUGUUGCCUUUGGAUUCUUUACACAAAAAGCCCUAUGAAGUUCUUGUAUUGGGGAGAGUUCAAGGAGACGUAAAGGAAGCCUUAAGGAAAUCUGAAGAUGUACUUCCAAUUCCAGAACAUAAGUUAAUUGUCAGCAUACCCUGCAGUCUGCAUUCACAUAAACCCCCUCUUACUGCGAUUCUGGCAGAGUUUAUCAAGCCAGAUGCGGAAUGCUUGGAGUUGUUUGCUCGCAACCUACAGCCUGGCUGGACCAGCUGGGGAAAUGAGGUUUUGAAGUUUCAGCACAUUGAUUAUUUCACUGUUCUGCAGAAUGAAAACUGA